AUGUCGGCGGCGGCCGCGGCCCGGGACGGGCUCGGGGAGGGCGCGGGCGGCGCCGCGGGCGGCGGCGAUGGCGGCGGGGGAGGGAUCCUGAACCGCUUCGUGCAGCUGCCGGGCAGGCCGCGGGCGGCGGGCCACAGGUGCCCCCCGGCCAGGAGCGGCCAUCGCUGCGUGGCCGACAGUUCCAACCUCUACGUCUUCGGGGGCUACAACCCCGACUACGAUGAGUCUGGGGGCCCAGAGAACGAGGACUACCCCCUCUUCAGGGAGCUCUGGAGGUACAACUUUGCCACAGACACCUGGCACCAGAUGGGCACCGAGGGCUACAUGCCCAGGGAGCUGGCCUCCAUGUCACUUGUUUUACAUGGCAACAACCUGCUGGUGUUUGGGGGCACCGGGAUCCCCUUUGGAGAGAGCAACGGCAACGACGUCCACGUGUGCAACGUCAAGUACAAGAGAUGGGCUCUGCUCAGCUGCCGCGGCAAGAAACCCAACCGCAUCUACGGCCAGGCCAUGGCCAUCAUCAAUGGCUGUCUCUACGUGUUUGGAGGAACAACUGGCUACAUCUACAGCACUGACCUGCACAAGCUGGACCUCAACACCCGGGAGUGGAUCCAGCUGAAGCCAAACAAUAUGUCCUGUGACAUGCCAGAGGAGAGGUACAGACAUGAAAUUGCUCAUGAUGGUCAAAGGAUUUAUAUCCUGGGAGGUGGAACUUCCUGGACAGCUUAUUCCCUGGAUAAGAUCCACGCCUACAACCUGGAGACCAACACCUGGGAGGAGAUCACCACAAAGCCUCACGAGAAAGUCGGCUUCCCAGCAGCCAGAAGAUGCCACAGCUGUGUGCAGAUAAAAAAUGAUGUGUUCGUGUGUGGGGGCUACAACGGAGAGGUGAUCCUGGGAGAUGUUUGGAAGCUGAACCUCCAGACUUUCCAGUGGGUGAAGCUGCCAGCUGCCAUGCCAGAGCCUGUGUACUUCCACUGUGCUGCUGUCACCCCAGCUGGCUGCAUGUACGUGCACGGAGGGGUGGUCAACAUCCACGAAAACAAACGGACUGGCUCCCUGUUCAAAAUGUGGCUGGUGGUGCCCAGCCUGCUGGAACUGUGCUGGGAGAAGCUCCUGGAAUGUUUCCCUCACCUGGCAACUCUGUCCAGAUCCCAGCUUUUGCACCUCGGACUGACGCAGGGACUCGUGGAGCGACUAAAAUGAGCAAUCUGCCACUCCUGUCCAAGACUCACCACGUUGAAGAACUCCCCCUCCCACCCCCUAUUUAUGGAUUCCAUGGAUGGUCUUGCUAAGAACAUGGAGGAACCUGCUCAAGGCCUUACUCAGCAAAUACAUCAAUGCCUUUCCA